CCGUAUCUCUAAGAUGUUUGGUUCUUUUCUUAUCAUCUAAAUGCCUGUUAGAAAAAGACUUCUCUUUGGCUUGAGCAACCUUUAAAGACACUGGUCAAACAGGAUUCUCCGUCAUUCUCGGCGGUGAAGGAACUCUAUACUCUGUCUGUGGAUCCACAAUCAUAAGUGUCAGCUCUGACCUAGCAAUGACUUCAGAAGAAAAGCUGUGGGACAGUCUGAAGGCUGAAAUAGGGAAAGAAACUUUUGAACUGGACUCGUCAUUGGGUUCUGAAAUUGAUGAACUAUAUGAAAAUGUAAGAACAAACUCCAAAACACCAACAUUGCAUGAUACUCAAGACUUAAAAAACAUUUCAAAGUCACCUUCCUUGAACGCUGAAGCUGAGGCAGAGGAAUUGCGCAUCAUGUUACUGGGUGCGAGAGGGUCUGGAAAAAGCUCCACCGGAAACACCAUCCUCAGAGGUAACGUCUUCAACACGGACAUGCAGCUGAGCAGAGUCACACGGUUCUGUGAAAGAGCAUCUGGAAACAUCAACGGACGACCCGUGGCCAUCAUCGACACGCCGGGUCUGAACAAGAUCAGUCGAAUGGAGAAGGAAGUCAUAAGGGAGAUCAUGAAAUCUGUCUCGCUCUAUAAACCAGGACCACAUGUGUUUCUGCUGGUUCAGCCGGUGGGAAACUUAACCAAUGAGGACAAGAACAUGCAUAAAUUAAUCCAGAACAUGUUCGGGAAGAACGUCUGGAAUUACACGGUUCUUCUGUUCACACACGGAGAUCGACUAGAUGGGAAAACGCCGAAUGAUGUGAUCGCCAGCUCGGACAAAGACCUCAGAGACUUCAUCCGCACAUGCAGCGGCGGAUUUGUGUUCUUCAGUAACAAGAACCUGGGAAACUUUGAGCAAGUGACCAAACUUCUGGAGAAGAUCGAUACCUUGGUGGCCGUCAAUGGCAGAAGCUGCUACACGACGUCGUUUUACCCGAACUCUGAGAGAAAGAUACGUGAAAAACAAGAGAAGAUUCUGGAGGAGAGACAGGAAGAGAUUGCACGAAAGGAGAGGGAGUUGGAGGAGAAUUACGAAGACAUGGAGGAGUUAGAGAGGAAAAAGCGUGAGCUCUGGAGAGAGGCAGAGGAAGAUGCACGGAGACUAGCUGAGAAUCCACCAAGACGCAAAACUCUGACAGCAGGUCUUUCCAGAGCCCCUCAUCUGCUACGAGAUCACAGAUCAUUCUUUAAUCGAACCAAUUUAUGAGCUGUUCAGGAACUUUCUCAUGAGUUCUAGAGAUAUAUAUAUAUAUAUAUACACAUAUAUACAUACAUACACACACACGUUGCACUGUUCAGGUUUUACUUUGUGGCUCUUUAUUGUUUUGUGCUACUGUAUGUAAAACUCACAUUAACUUACCACAGAAGUUUAAUUUAACUGAAGAUGUUCCCACAAUACUUGAUGGAAAUUAUAACACAGCUCAACUUUCAAUCACCUCUAUUGCUAUGAAAAAUAGAAACACCAAUGUAAUCUGUGUGUUGUAAUUCUGUCGCUGACUCUUGAAUCUGUCAUUAUCUAAUAAAGAUGUUGAUGCUGA